AUGGGGACACGGGCCCUGCGGGGCCUCCUCCUCCUCCUGCCGCUGCUACCGCCGCGCGGGGCCUCUGCGGGGAGCCUGCACAGCCCAGGCCUGUCCGAGUGCUUCCAGGUGAAUGGAGCCGACUACCGCGGCCACCAGAACCGCACGGGCCCGCGCGGGGCGGGCCGCCCCUGCCUCUUCUGGGACCAGACGCAGCAGCACAGCUACAGCAGCGCCACCGACCCCCAGGGUCGCUGGGGGCUGGGCGCGCACAACUUCUGCCGGAACCCUGACGGCGAUGUGCAGCCGUGGUGCUACGUGGCCGAGUCCGAGGAGGGCAUCUACUGGCGCUACUGCGACAUCCCCACGUGUCACAUGCCCGGGUAUCUGGGCUGCUUCGUGGACUCGGGGGCACCCCCGGCCCUCAGCGGCCCCAGCGGCACCUCAACCAAGCUCACGGUGCAGGUGUGCCUCCGCUUCUGCCGCAUGAAGGGCUACCAGCUGGCCGGCGUGGAGGCUGGCUACGCCUGCUUUUGUGGCUCUGAAAGCGACCUGGCCCGGGGACGUCCGGCCCCCGCCACCGACUGUGACCAGAUCUGCUUCGGCCACCCGGGUCAGCUGUGCGGCGGCGAUGGGCGCCUGGGCAUCUACGAGGUGUCGGUGGGCUCCUGCCAGGGGAACUGGACCGCCCCUCAGGGCGUCAUCUACUCCCCGGACUUCCCGGAUGAGUACGGACCGGACCGGAACUGCAGCUGGGCUCUGGUUCCUCCGGGCGUCGCGCUGGAGCUCACCUUCCGCCUCUUCGAGCUGGCCGACCCGCGAGACCGGCUGGAGCUGCGCGACGCCGCCUCGGGCGGGCUGCUCGGCGCCUUCGACGGGCUGCAGACCGCCGCCGAAGACCGGGCGCCUCCCAAGGGCUCGGCCCACACCCCGGACGCGCCCCGCGACGGGGCCAACGCGAGCUGCAGUCCCCGGCCAGGGGCUCCGGAGGCCGCGAUGGGGGCUCGCGUCUUCUCGACGGUGACGGCCGUGUCAGUGCUGCUGCUGCUGCUGCUGUCGCUGCUGCGCCUGCUGCGCCGACGGAGCUGUCUGCUGGCUCCAAGAAAAGGGCCCCCGGCGUUGGGGCCUUCCCGGGGUCCUGGGAGAAGCUGGGCUGUGUGGUACCGCCGGCCUCGAGGGGUGGCCGUGCCCUGCCCCCCCGGGGAUCCCCAGGCUGAGGGUCUAGCGGCAAGUUACCGGCCUCUGAGCGCCUCCAGCCAGAGUUCCCUGCGCUCCCUCAUCUCUGCUCUCUGAUUCGGGAACCCCAGGGUUCACUGGACCCUGCGCCAGCAGGAUGGACACCUGAGAGCUAAGUCGCACUCAGCCUUGGCCCUCCGCCCCACAACGGGCAGCUUGGCCUCUGGUCACCUCUCGGAGGCCAGCCCACGGACAGGUGCAUCCGGUGCUGUGACUGG